AUGGGCGUCCCCUUCGAGGCCCUGAUUCCCUAUGGGAUCAUUCUGGGUAUGUUCACCUUCACCGGUGCCGCCCUCACCAAGGUCAAGCACAUGCAGAACGGCGGCAAGCGCGCCAGGCACUCGGUCGACCAGUGGGAUAGAGUGAUGAUGGACCGCGACAGGCGACUCACCGGCCUUCUCAGAGGCCAGACCGACAGGCCGUUUGCGCCUCCCGGCUUCGAGCUCAGCAACCCGUGGCGCCUCGAGAAGCGUAUCAUCUAA